AUGACCAUCCACGACUAUGAGGCAGUUCGCAAGGACAUCGCCGCCCAGCUGAAGAAGCCCGAUUAUGACGAUGGCAGUGCAGGACCCGUGUUUGUGCGGUUGGCAUGGCACUCCUCCGGUACAUACGAUCUCGAGUCCGACACGGGCGGUUCCAACGGCGCGGGAAUGCGAUACGAAGCCGAAGGAGGCGAUCCCUCGAACGCAGGUCUGCAACACGGACGGGCAUUCCUAGAGCCGAUCAAAGAGAAACACCCUUGGAUCACGUACUCCGAUCUGUGGACACUAGCCGGCGUAGUGGCAAUCAAGGAGAUGGGCGGACCCGAGAUCGAAUGGCACGGCGGACGGACAGACCUGGUAGACGACUCGAAGGUGCCACCACGAGGCCGGCUACCAGACGGAGCACAAGGCGCCGACCACCUGCGAUUCAUCUUUUACCGCAUGGGCUUCAACGAUCAGGAGAUCGUGGCGCUAACAGGCGGCCACAACCUGGGCCGAUGCCACGGCGACCGUAGCGGUUUCGAAGGACCGUGGGUGACGAACCCGACGCGAUUCUCGAACUCGUUCUUCAAAUUGCUGCUGCAGCUUGACUGGAAGCCUCGCAAGAUGGCAACUGGUAUGACGCAGUUUGUGUACGAGGAUCCUGAUGCCGAGGAGGACGAGGAGCCUUUGAUGAUGCUACCGACUGACAUGGCCUUGUCGACGGAUCCGUCGUUCGCUCCUUGGGUGAAGAAGUAUGCCGAGGAUAAGGAUCUCUUCUUUGAUCAUUUUGCCAAAGCGUUUGCGAAGCUCGUUGAGCUUGGUAUUCAGCGGGAUGCCAAGGGUGUUGUUACCAAUACUGACAACCGUCUUGGUGGAUAUGUUUCUGCUCCGAAGAAGAGCAACACUGCCACGGGCCCGCCUAGAGCGCGUCUGUAG